AUGGCUACAAUACAGUGCCGAAAGCGAAAACGCAAAGAUUCAGCCGAUGAACAGGAAUGGAAUACUGCAAAUUUACUCAAGAGCCUGCAGAAAAAGGAAGGCUUAUGUGAAUUACACACACAUCUUCUAGGAAUGGGUAAUGCUUCAUUUUGGGUGGAUACAAUUUUAACUGAUCGAAGGAUAUUACCGACUCAAGAUCAUUUUAUGAAAAAGAAUCAAAGUAGUCUCAGGCGUGACUUAGGACCUUUAAUAUGGAACGAUAGCAUACAGCAGUUCAUCGGUUCAGAACAGGUUUUCAAUUUCUUUGGCUAUCUCAGUUCACAUGACUCAUUAUUACCUGAAUAUAAGGAUAUGAAGCCCUUUUGUGAUUUGAUAUCGGAAGAGUUUGAAAAAAAGAAGGAUCAUCACAAGCUUACAUACAAGGAGAACUUUUCUUAUGAUGUUGUUUUUUCAUUGGAAAACAUGGUAAAAGGACUAGGAUUGAAACAAAAUCAGCCCAGAGAUAUGCUUCAAUGUGUAAUCGAAGAAAAACUGGGUAUUUAUACAAGAAGUGAUUGGAAUCAUCAUUUUUUCUUCAAAUAUUGGAUCAUAUUUAAUGCAAGAGAACAAAAACUAGAGAUUAUAUAUGGGAUGCAAGCUGCAGAUCUACGAAUGCUUAUUGGAGAAACCAAGUCCAUUGACAAGCUAGGUAACACAGCUAAACGUGAUGCUCGUGCACACAUCAUAAAUGCGUUUUCGAUGAUGAAUAGCGAUGGUACAGAACCACGUUCAGUAGACUUUCAUUCAUUUCGUGGCGCAUUUACACCAGAAUUUUAUCCUAGGCGAUUUGCUUUAAAGGACUCAUUAUAUACUCAGCGACUGGAUUUAUUAGUGUAUCUCUUACAACAUGUACUACAUCGUUAUUCAACAUGUGUGCCGCCGGUGAAAUAUUGUGAAUUUUCAGUUGGAUGUGGCGAUUUAACCCGUCCUUGGAUGUUGGAUGUUCUAUCGACAUUUUGUAUUAGAGAAGAGUUGCAUGGUUCAUUUAAAUCUCUGAUAGAUAAGAAUUGUUUUCCAUGGCUCAAAGCGUCAACUUCUGAACUAAAGGUUGAUUAUCGUUUUUUGGCUGGUUUCAACCGUCAAAUUGAGCCGAUUAAUGACUCUUAUACUCCUGAUGAAGCGAUUCCAUUUUUAUUCGAAGCACCUCACUUUGUUAUUCACGCACUAUUCAAGGAGUUCUACUUAACUGACAAUCAAAAGCCAACUCUUUUAUUCCGUAAGCAAGUACAGCAGUUGAAGGCAAUGAAAACGCAAAAGGAUACAAAUCCUAAAUUUUUGGACUUGGUUGUAGGUUUAGAUGCGCUUGGUGACGAGCUUGGGCAUCCCUGUUGCCCUUUUGUGGCGCAUGAGUUCAUAGAGUUUGUUAGAGAUGCUCGGAAGCAUAAUCGAACUUUUGGCGUGCGUAUACAUGCCGCAGAAAACGCACCUUUUAUUCGACCAGAUUUGCCAGGCUAUCGUUUAUUUGCAGCGCAUAUGUAUAUUCUUUACCGUUGCAUUGACUUUUUAAAAAGGAAACUGCAGACAAACAUUCGCGUGGGCCAUGGUAUUGCUUUUGAUAAACUAUUAAGCAUCAAAAACUAUAAAUUUCGAAAGUCUAGCGUACUUGUGGCACAAAUGAAAAGAGAUGCUAAGUCAGUUUUCUCCGAAAUUCCCUUUGAAGUAAAUAUAACAAGUAACUUUUAUCUUUUGGGAGGUGCAAUCAGAAAUGUAAAGAAAGAAAAACCUUUAUCUAAUUUAUACGAUAUAGAAGUUCCUGUCGUACUGUCAACUGACAACGAUGGAAUAUUGCCAAUCGAUAGGUGUGAUCUUGGGCAUUAUUCGCAUCAUUCAUUAGCUGCUGAAUAUUGUCGCGCAAUCGUUACUCGUUUCAUUUCAAAAGAAGAACACUUAGAUCGUAUGAUUCAAACCUCAUUUAAUUCUAGAUUUGCUCAUAGUAAGCCCAUAGAAAGAGUGAACUGGGUCAACCAAAAUACAUCACAUUAUAACAAAGAUGAAUGCUACUUUCCUACAGAUAUAAUUGUGCAUCCAACUCUACUUGAUAUGCUUUUCAAAAGUCAAGCGUCUGUCAAUGAUAGGCCAUCCGUAUUCUUACAGUAUUAUAGAAAUAUACAUAGUGAGUCAAACGUUGAGGGUCCCAUAACAGAUUAUGAUAAAAUUAUGAUGCGUCUUUUAGUCGCAUUUUUUUAUUUGAUGCGCGCUCGCCCUUAUAAGGAGUUUAAGGAAGACUAUGAAAAUUUGUUUCCACCUCCCUCUGAAUGUAAACACCGUUACAAAGAAAUAUUCACUCAGGAAGGCUGUUUAAAGAUCUAUGAAGUAUGCAAAAAAGUACAUUCGUAUUUAAUGACAGACACACCUAAUAGAGGUGCCUAUAUGGAAGUGGAAGUCGAUAGCGAAUACUAUUUAUUUUGUUCGGAGGUACCUAAUAAUAGGAAAAGUAAACCAACUCUCUUACUGCAAAAUAUAAAGGAAUUCAUGAACAAACGUAUCAAGAAUAUCAUAAUAUUUAGUUUUCUUUCAAGCAUCGACGAAAAUAAUAAUGAAAUAAUCGAGAAUCUUCAGGAAAUCGACACACUUCUUAGGGAUCCGAGUAGUGAAGUAAACAAGGUUUUUCUUUAUACAAACACUAAAAAAGACCUAGUUUUUCCGUUUUUAAAAAGUGGGAAAAUAUUCAUCAAUAAUAAGCCUAGUAUGCGUACGGAUGCGACGGAAGACGAAAUUGAAUCUGUAUUACUUUAUGCGAUCUGUCCUCACUCUAGUGUCGUAACUUCUUGUAUUCACUUUAUUGCAAAACACAUCCAUAAAAAAGGCUUCGCGAUCAAGACGCGUCACGUAGAUUUUCGUUACCUUGUUAUUCCGUUUUUACCGUUAAAUUUCGGUUUCACCAUUGAAGGUACGAGUGAAAACCCCAAAACACAGUUUUUACAGCACUUUCAUAUUAGUGGAACGAAUUUUGCGAAAGAAGUAGUCGUACGAGAACAUGAUGCAUGUGAGCAACUAUAUGAACGACAAUACAAUAUACUUUGCGCUGAUAUCAGGUACCAAAAACAAAUAGAAACGAAAGAUCUUCUAAAAGAAAUAGGCAAAUCUAAGUUUGACUUUCUUAACCUUUUGAGGAUUUUGUGUGGGUCCAUUAAAAACUUUAGUUUAUGGCCUGCAUUUUUUGUAAUACUAAACGAUGUGAAUGAAUAUAAUUCCUAUACAACAGAUUUUGGCAAUAAUAAUAAUAAUAUUCCAGUGCCUAUUAUACAAAUCGAUCAGCACUUUUUGAUUUGCAGUUGUGUUAACCUUUAUGAACGACGCCAUGAUAAAUGGUCCUCUUGUCUUUGGUCUUUAGCUACAAGCUGGAAUCCACCCUUAAACUCUGUCAAUAAUCCGCAUGCAUAUCCCUAUGUUACAUGGACCUUAAAAAUAUUCGAAAUCGGCAGAGAAAAACUCAAUAAAGAAUUCGGAGUAGAUACAUGGGAAGAGCUUCUGACAAAAGUUUUACUUGAUGGGGAUCAACGAGCUUGGUAUUCUGAUACGGUUAAUUAUUGGUGUGACGUAAUCGAGAAAGCCUUUCGCGAUGAAGAGAACGUGCAUUUUUUCGUCGAGUUCUUAAAAAAGUCUGAUCAGUCGAAAAAGCUGUUAGCAAUAUUAAAUGAUGGAGGACGUCAUAAACUAGGUAAUCAAUGGCAAUUAGACGUAAUAGAAAAGCGUCAAGCUAAACAAAUUUUGAAUAAGCUAAAAGAGACGAUGGAACAGGCUCUAAUCUGUUGA